AUGCUACAACGCAGGCAGCACGCACAAAUUCACUACUCGCCACCGCCAAUAGAACCACCAUGGCGCCGAAAUGAAAAUCAAGGUAUUUAUCCACAUCCAAAUUCCCCACAAUUUGCACUACCUCCAAGGCCACCAAUUUCUCCAUUGGCGCGAGACCCACAAUCGCAGCGCCAGCAACCAGAGUCACCAACCGCCCAGUCACGACAACUGAGUCCCACUCCACCAAGAGCCACACAACUACGCUUCCGUCCUCCGCAACAACCGGCUGAAGGUGGUGAGCGUCAUGUUACCGUGCUAACCACACCGCAGUCAAAUCAGUACCAUACAGCUCAUCAGACAUCUCCAUACACUCAAUUUCAAAGUCACAUACCCAAGCUCCAGCAACGCCAAAUUUUUCGACCACACACGUCACCACGAUCAAAUCAACCGGAGCAACAAUCACAGCAACCAGAGCAACAAGAGCAACCGAGCCAAGAAGAGGCGUCAAAACAAUCACAGCAACCAAGCCGAAUAGAACAGUUGCGCCAAGCAGGGCAAUCGACCCAAGAAGAGCCGCCGAAUCAAGUGAAACAAAAAAAACAGGAAAAACCGAAACAACACAGAAAAACGGAAGAACAGGAAGCUCCGAAACCAAUGCGUAUGCGAGUACGUCUGAAGACAAAAGGACGCAAUUUAAAAUAA